UUCCCCAAAACACAAACAGCAAGGGAGACGGCCCUAUUUAUAGCUAUACCACCAUAUGAGGCUUCCCGUCCUCUCUGAGCCUGAAGACUGAUAGAUAGACAAACAACACAAAGGCGUUUUGAAGUAGAAGGAAGAAGAGAUGGUUGCUCCUCUUGCACUCAUCUUCAUGACCCAGUGGAUGCUGCUGAUCACCCAGUUGUGUGUCGGUUGGCAUUGCACAGACUGCGUGAAUGGGUCGGCCAUUGAAAAUUUCUCCUGUGUGAUUUAUAAUGUUUCCCUCAUGAACUGCACUUGGCAGGCAGGCCGGGAAGCUCCGGGAGAUACCCAGUACUUCCUCUACUGGCAGUACUCAGGACCUAAUGACACAAAGGAAUGUGAGCUUUACAUUAAAGACAAAAAUGGCAGAAACAUAGGAUGCAGAUUCCAAAAUGUGACGAUAAAGCCUGGAAGUGCUUACAUCCUGGUGAAUGGCUCUAGCAAUGUCUCCCAGAUCCAGUUCUAUGAUACGUGCAUUGAGCUAUAUAAAAUCGAAAAGCUCAUGCCUCCAUCAAAUAUCACUGUCAGCUGUGAUGAAAUUGAAACUAAUUGCACAAUUCAAUGGCAACGACCCCAAAUAAGUCAUUCUAACAAAGACAUGUGUUUUAAAUAUGAAAUCAUCAUAAAGUAUAAGGAUAACCCUGAGGGAGAACCCAGAUAUACUUCUAUACAAGAUGGGGGGCAUAGGCACACAUUUAAAAGAGCCAACAAGAUAAAGAAGUACCUCUUGAAAAUGAGAACAGCUGGCAUUAGUUGCUACGUGAGCUCAGCCUGGGGCGAGUGGAGUGCACCUGUAGAGUUUGGAAAUGAAGAAAUAAUUUCUUCUUCAGUAUGGAUUUUAAUUGUGGUAGCAAUUGCGACACUCUUGGUGGCAAUCACUGCAAUUUUGUUCUGCAAAAGGACUGGCUGUUGGAAAGCAGCAUUUCCAGAAAUCCCAGAGCCAAAAAAUGCAUUUCAUAGAAUACCUGAUACAAAUCCAGAGCUGAUGGGGAGCAAAAUUCAGUCACUGACAUCUGAAAAUGAACAGAUAAUAUUAGUUGUUGACGCAGUGAAAUAACCAAGAAAAACGGAGGAGUUUGAAAGUGCAUUUCUUAGCUCAGGCAACUGUAUAUUCUUGUGGAAAGUCUGGAAUAAAAUAUAGUUUUCCUUCACUUUCCUCCUUUUCUUGGCAAAAAAAUAGCAGUGCAUCCAAGAGAGAAUAAUACGUCACAUGUGAGUGUUUUUUAAAUGUCAUUGUAUUUGCUUUUAAUUUUGGCUAAUUUUAAGUUUUUAGGUAACUUAUAUUUGUGGGAUACCUUCCAUUUUGUGAAU